AUGCCCAGCCGCCUCAGCUCGACCUCUGCCCUAACCACGCUCACAUCCAGCCGCCGGCGUGCGACUCCGGCCGCCGGAAAAGCCAGGUUUGCUCUUUUUCCACCUUCCUCUCCACCUAGCCUCUUCAAUCUCUGUUCGAGAUCAACCCUGAGGGAUCUACACUCUCAAGCGCCCUCCCCUGGCCGUGGCCCAGCCUCCGGCGACUCCCCUCGUCGCCACCGUCGUCCCAGCGCACCGCCGCCGCCGCCCAAGCCGGCUGCGGCCAGAUCUAGGCAGAUCUGGCCCAGGAGCUUUAGCUCCCUGCUAGCACUGUCGCCGCCACUUUGGGACGGCCGAGACGGCCUCCCCCGGAGCCCCGGCGACCUCCGCCGCCGGCCCCACCGCCAGCGCACGCCGCCGGAGCCGCCCCAGCUCCCUGCGGCCACCUGCAAUCACCCAGGCCGAGCUUGGGUCAUCUUUGCAUCCGCGCGCCGCCACCGCUCCCUAUCAGUCGCGCCGCCCUCCGGCGACCUCGCGCGCGCCUCCCCGCCGUCCCCGCACGCCGCCGGCCGCCGCCCGAGCUCUCUGCGCCGUCCUGAGAGCGUACGGGCCUAG